ACCCACACAGCCCUCUUCUCAUUUAUGUGCCCGGAACCAUAAUAGCGCAGCCCUUUCCCUUCCAUGUUUCCAGCCGGGGCGUUCUCAGUGCUGCACACAAACGGGCGGAUCGCUUUCCCGGUGACACCGCUGCGGCUGUCACAGGCCGAGCUCCGCUUCAUCAUGGCUGCAGCGGCGGAGGAGGGCGGAUGGACGUACUGAUGACCGUCCGGAAGAUCGCCUCGAUCUGUACGAUGGGCACCAAUGCCUCAACAUUGGAAAAAGAAAUAGGCCCAGAGCAAUUUCCUGUAAAUGAACAUUACUUUGGUUUGGUCAAUUUUGGUAACACCUGUUACUGUAACUCUGUUCUACAAGCACUUUAUUUUUGUCGUCCGUUUCGGGAGAAAGUUUUGGCAUACAAGGUCCAGCCACGGAAGAAGGAAAGCUUGCUCACUUGCCUGGCAGACCUCUUCAACAGUAUCGCCACGCAAAAGAAGAAAGUGGGGGUCAUUCCUCCCAAAAAAUUCAUCUCCAGGCUAAGAAAAGAAAAUGAACUUUUUGAUAACUACAUGCAACAGGAUGCCCACGAAUUUCUGAACUACCUUCUGAACACUAUAGCUGAUUUGCUGCUGGAGGAGAGGAAGCAGGAAAAGCAAAAUGGCAAGCUACAGAACGGGACCCUGGAGGCCCCAGAGCCAGAAACGUCUGACCUCACUUGGGUACACGAGAUCUUCCAAGGGACACUAACCAAUGAAACCCGAUGUCUUAACUGUGAAGCUGUUAGUAGCAAAGAUGAAGACUUCCUGGAUCUUUCUGUUGAUGUGGAACAGAACACUUCUAUUACACAUUGUUUAAGGGGGUUCAGCAAUACAGAAACGCUAUGCAGUGAAUGUAAAUAUUAUUGUGAGCAGUGUCGUAGCAAACAGGAAGCACAGAAAAGAAUGAGAGUAAAGAAGUUGCCUAUGAUUCUUGCUCUGCACUUAAAAAGGUUUAAAUACAUGGACCAGCUGCAUCGAUACACCAAACUGUCCUACCGAGUGGUGUUUCCAUUGGAGCUACGACUCUUCAACACCUCCGGAGACGCUACCAAUCCAGAGAGAAUGUAUGAUCUUGUGGCAGUGGUCGUUCACUGCGGAAGUGGACCAAAUCGUGGGCACUACAUUACCAUUGUAAAAAGCCAUGGAUUCUGGUUGCUGUUUGACGAUGAUAUUGUAGAGAAAAUCGAUGCGCAAGCCAUUGAGGAAUUCUACGGUUUAACAUCUGACAUUUCCAAAAACUCUGAGUCUGGCUAUAUCCUGUUUUAUCAAUCUAGAGACUGAAGGCCCGGCUGAUAAUAUAGAAAGUAUAUAGUCUUGAAAGAGGGAAUGUAAAGCAUGGGUUAGACAUCUCGGGAGCAAAAUCAUGAGAAGAACAUGAAGAUUCCAGUAACUACUCAUGGCUGCAGGGUGAUCCUAAAUAGUCCACGGAUUCAGGCUGCUAAGAGAAGCUUGGAAAUGCUCCUCUGAUUUGAGCAGUAUUCUCAGAAAAUAAAGGAAUUAAAAACCUUCCUUUAUCCCAACAUUAGAUCAACUUGGCAUCAAGAGAUCAGAUGUGGAAAUUUGAUUGGACGCCAGAUGGAUGCUGGGAUAUUGAUCUGUGCAGACUCAGGCAAAUAAAACAGCACUUUGGAGUAUUUGAAAUAUUGGUGCUUAAAGGAAUCUACAAUCAAAGAGUUUUUUGGUUUUUUUAUGCGACAUUCACACAUUUUCAUUUGUUUGUAUCAUCUUCAGUCAUUUCCAUCUUACUCUGCUUUGCUGUAGCACCCGUCACAGAGGGGGUUGAGGCUUGGAUACCUUUUAUGACUUUAUUUUUCAAAUUUCUAGCACCUUUAAAUGUUAUUUGAAGAGUCCCCAUUGGGUUAAUGAUUCUACUUAGAAAUCUUUGGUCAUACGUGAAUGAGAAUGGUGGGUUAAACCAGGCACCUAGGUGUGUUGUCCUUUAGCUCAUUAAAGUGAUAUUGACACCAAAGGACAUGUGUGAACCCGUGGUUCUUUACUGUAAGAUGUGGUGGUGUUUACUCAUACAUAACUGUCAUUUCUACCAGACUCCAGUGCUGUGUUAGCUAACUGUUUCCUUCUGUGGGUUGUACCUGACAGACAGGAGACAUUUCAGGUUUUAUAAACUACAACCUCCUGUCUGAUUUAUGUUCCACCUACUGGCAGACCACAGCAGCCCUGGGCUAUAGAAACAAUUGGCUGUGCUGGCAGGCAGGAGGAUUAUUCAAAAUAAAGAAGAAUUAAUGGCUUCAGACACUGUAAAUAAUAUAUUUAACAGAGCAAUUACCCACACUUAAAUUACAAGAAUCUGGAUAUAUCCCACAGAAAGUUUUUUCCUUUUUUUGCAGGAGUUUAAUCUCAAAUAUCUUUUCCUAUGAUCUAGAAUAGGGCUUUCCACCAGUGGGCCAGAUGUUGCCCUUGAGAUGUUUCUUGAUAAUCUGGCCCUUAUCAUUAGGUAUGUGACAGACAUUUAGCACUUGAUCUUAAUUGUUUUUUGUUUUGUUUUUUAAUUAUUCAGCUUUUUUUUGUUCUGCAGCUCUCCACGAUGAUCCUAGUUCCGAAUGAAGUAUGACAAGCAGUGGCCCAAACAGGAAGUUUGUUAAUAUUAUAUGCAAAUCAACUUGACAGUCAGGUAUGUUAGAGUUCAGUUUGGAGUGAGGCAACAUAGACAGUGAUAUAGAAAAAAAAAAAGUGAAUAAUGAAGAUUAAUUGCUUAGAUGUCUUAUGCUGGAAACAUACUGUCAUUAGCCUGGCACAAACAAGAUUCAUAAGGUUCCCCUUGGCACAGUGGGAAUCUCACUGAACCAUCCCACAAAACUGUAAAAAUCACUUUAGGAUAAAGAGACUGUAUAAUAAAUUGAACUUAAUGUAAAAGUGCUCUUCUGAGCACUUUUGCAACUUACAUUUUUUUAAAUUUUAUAUUUCAGAAUAGCCUCAAUUUUUACACUGCUGAAAUGAAUGUGUAAUCUGAGCCAUAGAAAUAAGCAGAGAAGCAUCAGGAGACACUUUCUCAUCAUGUUUUUUGUCUUUAAGCACUUACGCAGUCCAGUGCAAAACUGCUAAUAUGAAAUCUAAAAAAACAAAUGUAAAUGUAAAAGUGCUGAGAAAAGCACUCUGAGUCGUUUUAGGUAGAAUUAUACAUAGGGUAUAUGUUCUCUUAAAUAGGGGAUACGCUCCUCACACUCAAAUUCCCAUUUACCAGCAUUUCAUUCUUGAGUUUUGUUUGUGAGUGUCACUUGGAGCUGUUCAACUGUUGCUGAACUACAACCCUAGCAGCUUUUUGUCACAGUCAAACAGACCUUUUGUUUUUUUGACCCUGAUUACCUGUUACCAGUUAUUCUAUCUGCCCUAUGUCUGAGGCAACACAUAUGUGUAGCUGUACUCGCCACAGUUUAUUUUGCCCAAUGCAACAAAAUAACCACUCAGCACUGCCUCACAGGAAGCAGUACAGCAAAUUGUACAGAACUCUAUCACUUUAACAAAAUUAAUGUCAUUGGAGGUACUGAAAUAACAUCUCAAUUUUGCCCCAGUUCUACAGAAAGGGCAUUCUGGGAGGUGCAGUACAAGUGUUGUGAGGCUUUAAUCUACUUCUGCCUCCCUAACUCAUCUCACUCACAAGUACUAUAUUACCUGGCUGUGGAUAACUUGUUCUAUGCAUGCAGGGGCUGCUUUACUAGUUUUCAUGUUGAGUAAAUGCUAAUGAUUCUUAGGUAACCCUUUGCUAUAUUUCUGUCCUGUAGUAUCACAGCCAGAGAGACCUCAAGCAUUUUGCUCUGUUAUGCAUUGCAUUCUCUUUGGUGGCAAAGGAGUUAACAGGAAAGCCGACCCCACCAGGCAUAGGAAAGAGAUCAUACCUCUAUACAUUAUUAUACAAAGUGGGACCAUUACUGCCAAGAUUGAUUUUCUUUGCACAUAUAUAUAAUGUUGUUCAUUUUGGCCCUUAAAAGUCUCCUUCACAAGAUUCUUUAUUUGGGGGAGUUCCCACUCUAUGAGCUCUUUAUUGGCCAUUCCUAUCCGUUCCAGUAAUCGGAGCAGCAGCUUUGUGCCACAGCUUUGAUAAAUAGUUCUUAUACUAAUGGCCCUGCCUGGCCCCUAGAAAUUCUGUUCCGCCGUCUGGCCUGGUUAGUCCUUCAUUUACCAAAAUCAUGUAUUCCAUAGCACGUCCAAAAGAAAAACUGUCUUUUAAUUGCAAACUGUGCUUUACAAAGUUGUGUAUAUAUUGAAUUUAUAUAUUUGAGUCUAAUUAGGAAAAGAAAUUUAUUAAAACAUGCAAUUUUUUUUUUCGUCA